AUGAGUGACACAGAAAAAAUGUCGAUAUUAUCAAACGUUAUCGUAACUAGGAAUCUAAUUCUACGAUGUUUUGCAGCAAUUUAUUUAUGUGCAUUUUUAAGCUUUUAUGUCCAAUCUGAAGGCUUAUUCAGUCAUGUCGACGGUAUUUUGCCGGCUCAAGUGGAACCGAUUCGUGGGAAGUUCUUUCAUGACAAAUUGAUGUCAUUUAUCGAUCGACCAAAUUGGAUAAGAAUUUUGAAAUUAGCUAGCAUUGCGACUUAUCCAGCCAUAGAAUUGAUAUGUCUAAGUGGAAUUCUUCUGUCAUUCUUUGCAUUUGUGACUACAAUAUUCUGUGUUACACCAAUAUUUAUGCUGCUAUGGACAUUCUUCUACUCACUCGUUGACAUUACGAGAGAUUUUCAUCAUCAAUCUGAUGACUUACUACUUGAAGCCGGUUUAGUUUGUAUUUUACUAGCACCGAUGUUUAGUAAACGAUAUGGCGUAUCCGAUAAUGUAAUGCUUGUUCUUAUGAAAUGGGUUCUAUUCAGAUUCCUAUUUACGUCAGGCGCUGUAAAAUUAGCAUCAGGUUGCCCACAUUGGUGGAAUUUAACAGCUAUAAAGCAUCACAUGCUGACAUUGCCUUUACCAACCAACUUAGCAUUCUAUUCAUUCUACAUGUCUGAUGGAUAUUUGAAGCUUACAACGAUUUUCGUCAAUCUAUCUGAACUUUUAAUUCCGUGGUUCUUUUUUGCACCAAUAAGAAGUCUCCGAAUUUUUGCAUUUUAUUGGCUUCUGUUCCUUCAACUCUGCAUUAUUGCUACAGGAAAUUAUGGAUAUCUCAACUUUAUAAUCAUUUCUAUGAUGUUCUCAUUGCUUGACGAUUCCCAUUUCAAAUCACGCGAAUCUGAAAAUGGUGUAAGCUAUCGAAAGAUUUUCUCAUUCGUGUUAACAUUGGCAGCGAUAUUCUUCAUUAUAAUUAUUACAAUGAAGUGCUAUCAGAUUACAUGGCAAGAUGGAAUGUUAGAUGCACAGAUAUUGUUUACGAAGCAACAAUAUAUGGAUGUGCUGCGUCAAAUGGUUAAAUUUUCACCGUUCAUUGCCACAAUUGCGAUAAUUAAUGUUUUUCUGCAGUCUUGCAUCUCUCAUCCAAAUAUUUCGAAUACACGAGGAUGUUUCGCAAAAUUAUCUAAAAUCAUCCAUUUAUUGGCACUUACUUUAGUUGCUAUUAGCUUGAUUGGCUGCUCGACAGUUCCUCAUGGCAAAUUACAUCCAGACACAAACAUUAUGAAUACAACUAUUGGUCAGGCAUACGAAGAAGUCUUUCAUAAAUAUCAUAUAGUUCACGAAUAUGGAUUGCAUUUGAGGAAAAUGAGAUCUGAACGAUUGGAACUUGGAAUUCAAUAUACGGAUCUUGAGAAGCCUGACAAGUCAAAACCGAAACAAUGGAAAGAAUUUGAUGUCUCUUAUCGUCCAGCUAAUUUAAAUCAUUCAAUGCCUUAUGCUGGUCCAUUUUUCUCACGAAUUGAUUUUCGAUUCUAUGAAGCUGUUGGAAAAGGCGCAAAACUAGAAAAGAACUUUUGGCUAGCAAGCCUUGUAAAGCAUUUAUUGAGAAACUCAAGAGCAGCAUUGUCACUUCUUGGACGUGAGAAUUUGAGUAAGAUGAAGAUGCCACCAAAAUUUGUUCGGGUUACUUUUAUGCGUGUAAGUUACGUUCCUUAUGAUAAUUCUAAGAAAAAUGCUGGACUGUACACAAGAAAGAUAUUAAAUACUGAAUAUUUGCCACCAAUGAGCUUAACUAGUCAAGAACUAACGGAUUUGAUCAAGAAUUUAAAGAUUCCAACGAAAAAAGAGAAGGAAACUUACCCGAAACUCCUCGAAACUUUAAAGCAGCUACGAGUCUUUGUCGAUGCAUUUGAUGGACAUUUAUUAGUCAACGGAAUCUUAGUUGCAUCAUUCAUGAUUAUGAUGCGCUUGAGAAGACAUUAA